GUAAACAGUUCUACUUAGAGAUUGGUAGAAAUGCUACGUCUAUUGCUGGUGGCUGGCUCGGUGGCCGUGGCUUUGGCCGGAAGGUCCCCUCAUGCCGACUUCAUAGAUGAGCUGGUGGCUAGCAAGCCGUCUGCUAGGUACUCUAACCACAUCAUUGAAGAUGCGAAACUGGACGUGCCGGGUCUAGUAGCCAAAUAUGGCUACCCCAUUGAGUCCCAUGAAGUGAUCACUCCUGAUGGCUACAUCCUCACGAUGCACCGUAUUCCACAUGGGAGAGACCGGAACAACAAACCAGUUAGGAACAAGCCAGUGGUCUUCCUUAUGCAUGGAAUGAUGUCGUCAUCUGCCGAUUACUUGGUCAUCGGGCCUGGAAACGCAAUAGGCUACGUCCUCGCUGAAGAAGGCUACGAUGUCUGGUUGGCCAACGCUCGCGGCAACUUCUACUCGCGUCGCCACACCACCCUCGACCCCAAUGACAGAAGCAACCAGAACUUCUGGAGGUUCAGUUGGGACGAGAUCGGCAAUAUCGACUUACCAGCCUGCUUGAGCUACAUCGAGAGGGUCACUGGCCAAACCAGAUACCACUACAUCGGACAUUCCCAAGGAGGCACCUCGUUCCUCGUCCUGAACUCUCUGCAUCCAGAAUAUAAUAAGAAGUUCAUUUCCUUCCAAGCAAUGGCUCCUGCUGCGUUCUUUGAACACAAUUCUCAUUCAAUUUACUCAAAUCUGGCACCGUAUAUACACAUUCUUGAGCCUGCUGCUUUUGCGUUGGGCCGCGGUGAAAUCUUUGGCAGCCGGGAGUUCAUUGAGUGGUUUGCUUUGAACAUGUGCACCGUUGGAUCCAUUUUCGAGCCAAUGUGUUCUUCCAUAGUGGUUAGCGCUACUUCAGACUACUUUAAUCAGACCAUGAUCCCACUUUUCCUCGGGCACGCUCCAGCCGGCGCGUCGAUCCGUCAGUUCACCCACUACGGCCAAGGUAUCAACCACCACACCUUCAGGCGCUUCGAUCACAACCCCAUCACCAACCGCCUCAUCUAUGGCAGCAGAAUACCCCCCGACUAUGACCUCAACCUGGUCACGGCUCCUACAUACAUCUACUACUCUGUCAACGAUGCCUCUACCAACUACAAGGAUGUCAGAAUAUUGGUUGACAGGCUACCAAAUGUAAAGGGAUCCUUCUUAAUGGAUUCUCCGACAUUUGACCAUUUGGACUUCAUUUGGGGGUCUGGGGUCAGACAUCGCCUGUACAACAAGAUGAUUGGACUCAUGAGGAACGCUGAAAGAAAUGCAUUCUGAAUACAUGACUGAGAUAUUUGAAAUUUAA